AUGCCUGAAGAGCUCUCGUCGGCGGGCUCUGCCCCAGUUGGGGCCAAAGGAGAAGAUGAUGACGGUGAUGCCGGUGAUGACAAUGAUGACAAUGAUGACAAUGAACCCAAACCAGUGACAGAGCCCCACAGAGAGGUUCUUGGUCCAGCUGAUCCUGUAGUUGCUGUAGCUGGUGAAGAUGUUGUUCUGCCCUGUUACAUCAAACCCAACAUCAGUGCUGUUGACCUGCAUAUCGAGUGGCUCAGAGUUCAUACCGAAGACCCACUUGUACAUCUUUACCGGGAUCAGGAGGACAGAAAUAAGAAUCAGAUCCCAUCCUACAGGGGAAGAACAUCACUGUUCUCUGAACAACUAAAGAAUGGAAAUGUUUCACUGAAACUGAGAAAUGCGCAGGUCUCUGACAAUGGAGAGUAUAAAUGUCUUGUCCAGUCGGAGAAAUUUUAUGAUGAUUCUUCCAUUGAAGUUUAUAUUAAAGUUGUAGGAACCCAACCAGUGAUCUCCAAUGAGGGAUAUAAAGAAGGAGGGAUCAGUCUGGUGUGUGAAUCUAAAGGCUGGUACCCUCAGCCUCAAGUGGUCUGGAUGGACAGUGAAGGACACAGUCUCGCAGCUGGACACACAGAGACAGACACAGACAGUAUGGACCUCUUCACCGUGAGACAACGUGUUAUUGUACAGGAAACAGAGAACAACAGGUUCACCUGUAGAGUUCGACAGCAACAGAUAAAUGAAAUGAAAGAGACAAUAACUAACAUCCCUGGUGAGAUGUUCCAUCGUGCCCAUUUUUGUCGUCAGCUCAAAGAAGAGCAUGAUGAGCUCCAAGAACAGCAUGGUCAGCUCCAAGAACAGCAUGGUCAGCUCCAAGAACAGCAUGGUCAUCUGAAAGAAGAGCAUGGUCAGCUCCAAGAACAGCAUGCUCAGCUCAAAGAACAGUUUGGUGAGCUUCAAAGACAGCCUGGUGAGCUGCAAGAACAACAUGGACUGAUCAGUGGACAACCGACUGUAGAAAACAUGUACAAGGGAGCUGAACUUCUGAAGGCACAAAGAUACGCAGUUGAUGUGACUCUGGACCCUGAUACAGCACAUCCUCAACUCGUCCUGUCUGAGGACAGGAAACGAGUGAGACAUGAAAACACAAAGCAGGAGCUCCCUGACAACCCAGAGAGGUUUAAACGCCGGAUAGGUGUCCUGGGAAAAGAAAGGUUUUCUUCAGGGAGACAUUACUGGGAGGUGGAGGUUGGGGACAAAACUGACUGGGAUUUAGGAGUGGCCAGAGAGUCCAUCAACAGGAAGGGAAAACCUACACUGAGUCCCAAUAAUGGUUACUGGACUAUCUGUCUGAGGAAUGGAAAUGAGUAUAAGGCUAAUGCUGAGUCCUCUGUGUCCCUCCCCCUGAGUGUGAAGCCCCAGAAGGUGGGGGUGUAUGUGGACUAUGAGGAGGGUCAGGUCUCCUUUUACAGUGUGGAGGAGAUGUCUCAUAUCUACAUUUUCACUGGAUAUAAAUUCACUGAGAAGCUCUAUCCGUUCUUCUGGCCAGGUGCCCCAAACUCAGCCCCACUGAUCAUCUCUCCUGUGAGUCACACAGACUGAAGAAACUGAGUUUAGCUUUUAAUGUUCAGGUUAUGAUGCCAUAUUCUGAUUUAAUUUCCCA